ACUCCGUAUUAAUGCCCCUGAUUUUGGAAUGAGAUUAUUGGACGAGCAGGUAUCCACAUACUGUUGGUCAUGUAGUGUAUGAUGGGCUAUUUUAUAGGUCACUGAGGUCUUGAUGUUACUCUGUGUUGAUGGUCUGUGUUGCUAUGAGGGAACACAUUCAUAUAGCUCAUUCUAGAACCUACUGAAUUGAGUAUCUUCAAUGAGGAGAAUAAAGAGGGUGGGAGGGAGGGAAAAACACAAACACUACCUCCCCUCUCCAUGAAAAACAAGAGUGCUUCUCAUUUCUAAAAGCAUGCCUCUGAUGUCCGUCUCUCGCUCACUUCAACCACUGUGUUCGUCAUAGUGACGUUGUGAUCGAGCUGCUCCUCUCCCUCUCUCUCUCUCUCUCUCUCUUGGUUCAGAACAGCGCGUGCCUCAGAACCCUGAGAUAAACGGCUGUACGGCAGCGCCGGUACCGGGACGCCGCUCCAACAGAUCAACACUUGAACAGAGCGACAGAGUGGAAACGGUCAAACGACUAUGGAUGCGUCCUGCUCGAUACAAAAAAACAAAACAAAAAACAUUUUUCAAAGGGAUUAUUGUUAUUUUUUCUUUGAAGUGGUAAACUUUAACAACCACUUUUUAAAUCGUAACGGAAUCAAACCGCCAUAAUGAAUGAUAUUAAACUUGCGGUUUUGGGAGGCGAAGGAGUCGGGAAAUCAGCCCUCAUCGUUCGAUUCCUGACGAGGCGAUUUAUCGGCGAAUAUGCCUCAUCAUCAGAAUGCAUAUACAGGAAGCGUCUGUCUAUUGAUGGUAGACAGCUGAAUCUAGAACUCUAUGAUCCAUGCUCACAGGCCUGUGAGGGGAAGUCGACUCUGACCGACCAGAUCCACUGGGCUGAUGGCUUCGUAGUGGUCUAUGACAUCAGUGACCGCUCCUCCUUCAUCAAGGCUAAAGCCAUAGUACACCUGAUCAGAGAGUUAAACCUGGGAGUGGCCAAAAGGGAUGCUGACACUCUGGUGUUCCUGGUGGGUAACAAGCAGGACCUGUGUCACGUGAGGGAGGUGAGUCGAGAGGAAGGCCAGCGCCUGGCAGCCGAGUCCCAGACACAGUUCUAUGAGCUCUCUGCAGCAGAACACUACCAGGAAGUGGUCCUCAUGUUCUCGAAGAUGGUCCACAACGCCAGCCUUGGGGGCAAGGCCAAGGAGAGGAGACGGAGACCUAGUGGCUCCAAGUCCAUGGCCAAACUCAUCAAUAAUGUCUUCGGGAAGCGGAGGAAAUCAGUGUGAAAGGGGAGAUGGGAAAGGUCAAGUGUUUACCCCGGGCCUAAAGAAGCCUUGUUACUUCGUUACUCCCCUUGGGACUGUUGUUGAAUGGUGAAAGGGAUUGUGGGAAAAUGGUCGAUAAUGUUGAAUGGACCCACCAACAACAACAACAUGGGCUUCACCUACUUCACUUGCUGUUGCUAUUAUUAUUGUUGAUCAUGAAAAGAGUCAAUAAUAAUUAGACCUCCACUCCUCUGGUUGCCAACCACCAAGGGACAGCUCUAUAUGGUAUAAAUGGUUCUACACUUAGAACAGAGCUUAUUGGACUGAUAGGACUGCUGCUGUUUAGACUUUCUGACUCGUGCUUACCAAACUCGCGUGUGUGUGUGUGUGUGUGUGUGUGUGUGUGUGUGUGUGUGUGUGUGUGUGUGUGUGUGUGUGUGUGUGUGUGUGUGUGUAAAUGACACCACAGGGAGACUCCAUUAUUAGCUAUGUAAAGUAAAUUACACCACAGGGAGACUCCAUUAUUAGCUAUGUAGAGUAUAUGAUACCACAGGGAGACUCCAUUAUUAGCUAUGUAGAGUAUAUGAUACCACAGGGAGACUCCAUUAUUAGCUAUGUACUGUAAAUGACACCACGGGGAGACUCCAUUAUUAGCUAUGUACUGUAAAUGACACCACGGGGAGACUCCAUUAUUAGCUAUGUUGAGUAUAUGAUACCACAGGGAGAUUCCAUUACUGGCCCUAUUGCCUCUACUGCUCAAUGCAUGCCACAGUGGCAGACACAGUCCAUGUUUCAUACAUCUUUCAUUAUGACUCAACUGUAUCCCAAAUAGCACCCUAUUCCCUAUAUAUAAUGCACUAUGUUUGACCGGAGCCCUAUGGGCCCUUAUCGAAAGUAGUGCACUAAACAGGGAACAGGGUGCCAUUUGGGAUGCUUCCUGAAUACCGCUACUGAAGAGAGCCAGCAGUUUAUUGGCAUGGAGGUUGUUUUUGGGGGGAAAUUCUUUCUGUGGUUACUGUGGUUUCCAGGGAAAGGUAAUGUAUCAUAAAAUAAUGAAUGUCUGUCUGUUUAGUUCCAUCUUCCUGUUGUUCAUUGUUCCCUGGAUUAAAGUCCGAAUUAUAAACUCAUAAAAUAAUGUAAAACUAUAAUAAACACUGUAAUCAAG